CCGCCGCCAAGAUGGCCGCGCACAUUCGACUUGUCAAACAGCUCCACUGUGCACUUUCAAAUACGAAAUUAUGCGGUUUAACGACGAGCAUAAGACGAUGCUCGGCCCUGUCCUACCCGCGUGCUCAUGAGAAAUUCCCAUCUAAAAGGGUUCGUCAGAAAUUUGUCGACUUUUUUAAGGAGGGUUAUGAACACAGAGUGGUGUCGUCCUCUCCGGUGCGUCCGCGAGGCGACCCGAGUCUUCUGUUCGUCAAUGCAGGAAUGAACCAGUUUAAGCCCAUUCUCCAGGGCUGCGCAGACCCACGCAGUGAGAUGGCAUCGUACCGGCGGGUGGUAAACAGCCAGAAGUGUGUUCGUGCAGGAGGCAAACACAACGACCUGGAGGACGUGGGGAGAGACGUGUACCACCAUACCUUUUUCGAGAUGCUGGGAAACUGGUCAUUUGGAGAUUAUUUUAAGGUCGAGGCGUGUGCAAUGGCCUGGCGUCUUUUAACAGAAGAAUACGGCAUUCCUGCCGAACGCCUGUAUGUCUCGUACUUCUCCGGAGACGCGGCGAGCGGUCUGCCUGCCGAUGAAGAAACACGACAGAUCUGGCUCAGUAUGGGACUAAAGCCGGAUCACGUGUUACCGUUCGGACUGAAGGAUAAUUUCUGGGAAAUGGGCGAGACGGGUCCGUGUGGCCCCUGCACAGAGAUCCACUACGAUCACGUUGGGAAUCGGAAUGCUGCGUCGUUGGUCAAUGCAGACAGUCCGGAUGUUGUAGAGAUCUGGAAUCUGGUAUUCAUGCAGUAUAACAGGGAAGGAGACGGCAGCCUUCGAGCUCUCCCUCAGUGUAGCGUGGAUACUGGGAUGGGUUUAGAGCGACUGGUCACUGUACUACAGGGAAAACGCUCCAACUAUGACACGGAUCUCUUCACACCCCUUUUGUAUGCUAUUCACCAGUGCUCUAAGGCUCCUGCAUAUCAGGGCAGGACCGGAGAGGCUGAUGUUGGUCGGGUGGACAUGGCCUACCGGGUUGUGGCGGACCACAUUCGUACGCUCUGUGUGUGUAUCGCCGACGGUGUUUAUCCAGGCAUGACUGGCGCAGAGUUGGUGUUAAGACGUAUACUGAGACGCGCAGUGCGAUUUUCUACAGAAGUGCUGCAGGCUCCCGAGGGUGCACUGGCAAGCCUGGUGCCAACUGUAGCUCAUAUACUGGGUGACGCCUAUCCUGAAUUGCACACAGAGUCUGAAAGAAUCAUGGAGCUUAUAAAUCAGAAUGAAGUCCAGUUUUUGACCUCGCUGAAGCAGGGCAGAAGAGUGAUUGACAGGACUCUAAACACUACGGACAAAGAAGCUGCAUUUUUUCCAGCCUCAGUUGCAUGGUCCUUGCAUCGUAACCUGGGCUUUCCACUUGACCUCAUUGACCUGAUGCUGGAGGAGAGAGGCAGGAUGGUAGAUAAAAAAGAAAUGAAAGCACUCGAGGAUGAAUAUGAGAAGUUGAGAUGUCAGUCAGAAGAGGAUGACGGUGACAGGGUGGACCAGCUGGAUGUUCACAGCUUAGCAGAGCUACAAAGCCGGGGAGUUCCUCACACUGAUGACUCGCUAAAAUACUUUUACAGUCUGGGACCAAACGGACAAUACGCGUUUCAGCCUUGCCAAGCAUCCGUUUUGGCUCUGUACUCCGGAGGGUCUCUGGUGUCAGAGGUGGGUGCGGGUCAGCGCUGUGGUGUGAUUCUGGACCGUACUAAUUUCUACGCAGAACAGGGUGGGCAGGCGCAUGACCAGGGAUACUUUACUAAGGAAGAACUGCAGGACGUGCUGUUCCCCGUAGAGUGCGUCCGUCUGGCUGGAGGUUACGUGGUACAUCAGAUCACUGCAGCCGAGACUCUGAGAAUCGGAGACGGGGUGAUGCUUCAUCUGGAUGAGGCUCAGCGACUUGGCUGUAUGGUGAAGCACACUGCCACACACGUGCUGAACUUCGCCCUGCGAGAGCUGCUGGGUGCUGCCGUCAACCAGCGUGGGUCUCACGUUGCCGCCAACCGCCUUCGCUUUGACUUCAGCGUGAAGGGAUCUCUGAGCGUCUCUCAGCUGCAGCAGGUUGAAGCGUUGGUGCAGGACAUCAUUCAGCAGAACUCACAGGUGUACGUAAAGGAAAUCCCUCUGUCCAGAGCAAAACAGAUCCCAGGACUGAGGACUGUAGAUGAGGUUUAUCCAGACCCAGUUCGUGUGGUGUCCGUGGCUGUGCCCGUUUCAGAUCUUCUCACCUCAAACACAGACAGACACAACUCUGUGGAGCUGUGCUGUGGCACACAUUUACUGCAGACAGGAGAAAUAAGGGACCUUGUCAUCGUUUCUGAGCGCCAAAUGGUCAAAGGCAUUAGCCGCAUCAUUGCUGUUACUGGAGACGAAGCCAAAGCGGCUCGUGAGGCGGGUCAAGCCUUGCAAGAGGAGGUUGAGUCUUUGACAACCCGUGUUGGUGUCGACAGUGCCCUCUCUUUACCAGCAGCCCAGAGACUCUCCAAAGAGGUCGGCCUCCUGACAGAUGCAGUCGAGAGCACAUCUAUACCACAGUGGCUGAGACGAGAGCUGCAGUCACGCUUGAAAGCCCUGCAGAGGAGCACAAACACAACCAUUAGGAAGCUGGAGAUCAGAGAGGCUACACAGAAUGCAAAAGAGUUGCUGGAGAAACACUCCAAUAAAACUGUGCUGGUAGACUUUGUCCAGACCGACUCCAUGUCGAUCCUGAUGAAGACUGUGAACCAGAUGAGCAAGAAUAAUCCAGAUUGUUUGGUCAUGUUGCUGUCUCACUCGCAGACAUCUGGGAAGGUGCUGUGCGCCUGCCAAGUACCCAAGGGCUGUGCUUAUGUUACUGCAAGCCAAUGGGCUCUCGCCGUAUGUGAGCGUUUUGGAGGAAAUGCGGGCGGCUCUGACAUAGUCGCUAAUGGGGUCAGUGGUGCAGCCGAAAACACAGAUGCUUCGGAGAUCCUGCGCUGGGCUGAAGAAUUUGCUUAUGAGAAAACAACUAGGAAUAUGCACUGAACUAACUAUGCAUAAGCAUAUUCAACCAAAGAAAUAUAAGAUUUGUGCUGCUAUUCCUUUGUUUUAAAAGGUUUGAGCACAUGUUUUGUAGUCUUGAUUGUGUAGUGUAGUGGCUGGGGUUGUUAAAUUAUUUAUUUUUCUUAUGUUUUUAUUAUACAGUGUUUUAUCAACCUUUCCAAAUUGCAAGAUUACCUUUUGUUGCACAUUGCAUUGUCCCACUUCAUCCAUUCAGAAUAUUUCCUGCAUUCACUGUUCAACCUUUGACCUGUGAUAUUUUAAAUCAAGUAUCUUGAUAUUUAAGCUGCCUGGAGUUAAAAUUUGCAAUGCAUUUGAAUGACAGGACUUUACUGUAUGUGAAUUCACAUCUUUACUUGAUUCAUAGCUAUUUACCCCAGUCCCCCAAAAAAUCAAAACUAAUAUAAAGAAAAUAAAUAUAUUCAUAAAAA